GGCCAAAUGUAUAUUAGAUAGUUUAUCAAUUUCUCUUAACCGUCCAUUUAUUUGUAUUUUCCCUUCAUCGAGUCUUUAUUCACCCGUUUGAUGAUCGAGCCUGAAAUUUGUGAUUAAGCCUGGAACGUAAGCUCAAAUGAGCAUGGACAGUGUCCUGGCAGACUGAUGGGCUUUUCCUGAAGCAUUGACAGUCCUGAUGAAGCCAGACUGGUAGCUUAAGGCACCCAGUCUAAACAAAGUAGGAUACACUGCAGAUUGAGUGUAGCCUAAAAAAUCAUGUUUUUUUUUUGGUUACCUAGGACAUUAUUAUUGGGCUGAUUUUAUGGUAUUGGCCAUCUAUCGAGUGCUUUAAAGAAUUCAUCAUCCCUUCAACCAUAUCAAACAUAAGGGAAGAAUUCUCCCGUUCUUUGAGGAUUAUUUGUUAUAUUGCUCUUAGUUGCAUUGGUAUUAUUGGAUAGUCAAAUUGAUCGAUCUGAACUGUUCAUCAAGUCCAAAACACAUUCCAUUGGUUACUAUGCAAAAAUCACACGAUUAAAGGUGCUCGAGUUUAGUGAAAGCUCUGGAUUCUGCUAGGCUGGAAUCAUCAGACUGGAAAAGGAAAUAUGAACGGUACUUCUCGAGGCAGAAGGCUGAAGAAGAUCAGGCCAAUGCGGAGAUAACAGCUCUGAAGUCCAGGAGCAGUGCUGCCGAAGCGAGAGCAAUGGCUGCUCGUGAACAAGCGAACUCUGCCCAGGUGGAAGUGUCAGAGUGGAAGAGAAAGUAUGACAUUGCUGUCAGAGAAGCCAAAGCAGCUCUUGAGAAGGCAGCUACAGUACAGGAACGCUAUAAUAAGGACACGCAGCAUAGGGAGAAUGCUCUGAGGGCAGAAUUCUCUGAAAGUUUGGCUGAAAAGGAAGAUGAAAUUAAAGAUAAGCAAGCAAAAAUCGAACAAGCUGAGAAUCAUCUAAUGAGUUUGUGUCUGGAGCUGAAGGCUGCUGAGCCGAAACUGAAGAACUAUGACUUGGAAGCUUCGACCUUAAAACUUGAAAUCAAGGAUUUGAGUGAGAGAUUAGAUUCUGCGAAGGCCACAGCUCAAUCGUACGAGAGAGAAGCAAGGAUAAUAGAACGAGAAAAGACUCACCUGGAGCAAAAGUAUCAAUCCGAGUUCAAAAGGUUCAAGGAAGCAGAUAAAAGGUGCCGGGCUGCAGAAAAUGAAGCAAAAAAGAGUGGUUGAUUUGGCUGAUAAAGCUCGGGAGGAAGCAGCACUUGCUCAAAGUGAAAAGAGCGAAGUUUAACGAUUGGCGAUGGAAAGAUUAACCCAAAUCGAGAGAGCUCACAGGCAAGUUGAAAGCCUUGAAAGACGGAAAGCUGACCUGUUAGAUGAGGUCGAACGUUUGUGCCGCUCUGAAAUGGAUGCUGUGUCCAAGGUUGAAUUUCUAGAAAAGCAGGUCGAAGAAAGAGAGAGAGAUAUUGAAUCACAUGUCUGGAGCGUCAUCCGGUGCACAAUCUUCGGGUAACGGCCGACAUCAGUGCACGCGUAGCUCUCGCUUAAUGGCAGAGAUCGUGCCGAGAUUGACGGGCACGUUAACUUCAAUCAAAAGGUAUUAAUAGGGAAUAUAUCGACAGAAAUAGGUACGAAACAUCUCACACCCUAAGCCUACUCUACACAACUUAGACCCAGAUUCCUAGCCUGACUUUGGCAUCGGAGGGUCCCCUGAUCUAGCCAGGGUCUCCUUUGUCUUUCCCUUGUGCAGGAUACGGGGCUCGGUCCGAGUGCUCGGAGCUCGGCAAAAGGGUGAACCAGAUUUUAGCAUCAACAAUGACUAUGUUAGUAUUGAAUCCGUUCAAGAUAUGGACAUUGAUGAAGAGAAUGUUAGAGGAAGAAAGAAGUCGAAGAGCACGACUAGCCCGCUAAGGACGCAUACUGAAGAUGGAGGUUCCAUCUUCAAAGCAGAUGACGACGAUAACCAAAGUCUGCAAACAGAAUCAGAAGGCCAUACCAAGUUCACCGUGCUGAAGCUGAAGCAGGAGCUCAUGAGACUUGGUUUUGGUGCAGAGCUGCUGCAGCUGAAGAAUCCUAACAAGGAGAUAGUUGCCCUAUAUGAGAAGCAUGUCCUCCAAAAGUAGAUGCCCUCUUUAACAAGUACAGGGUACCUGUAAUAUGCUUUGUUUGUAGCCCAGUUUGUGGGAAUCAAAAUCAUUCUGGGGGGCUAGAUUCACCCGAAAAAGGCCAUAACCUUAAAUUCAAAGCUAUUCCCCGAACUUUGUCUUGUGUAAUUCUAUUAUGUGGUUCUAUCAUUUUCUGUCAGGAGCCUUCUUGCCCAUCAAAAUGCUCAUUGAGGUAAGAGCGGUUUCUUUUUCAUUUCAUUCUGUUUUGUUCUCUUUUCUCGUGGUUGUGAUAUGGUCUUUGCUUGGUAAGAGGCCGACCUUUGUAUUUUUCAAGUUAUCAUGCAAUUCGACAGUGGCAUUUUGGUUUGUUAAAAGAAAUACUUUGAAAUAUAGAUCUUGUUCUUUUACCAUUCACACCAAA